CUUUCGAUGCUGUAUGUUUGCUAGCUUUCUGAGCUGACCUGAACUUUUGAAGUUGGUUUCCCUGGCUUUUUUUUCCAGCACCUGUACUUUAAUUUGGUCACGUUUGCCUGUGAUAGUGUAUUCAUAUCUACUUUUCUCAUGAGUUGCUCUGAUAUAUUGAACAAAGUGUCGACUGAGAGUGGAAGAGUGCUAAUGCUAAUAGUAGUAGUAUUGCUAGUAGCGGGGGACAUCCCGAUGGCAAAUAUGUGCUUCAGAAUAAAAGAAGAGGAUUGAGAAAAAGUCCAAACAGGACACGUUAAUGCGGUGAACCGGUUUGGGAGGUCUUCAUCCAAAAUAAGCCAUCAUCAUCAUCAUCGUUCGAUGACCAGAUGAACUGAUGGGUGUGGCUGCUUUUUCUCAGACAUUCAGCUGGGUCUUGAGACACAUAAGGUUCAAUACAUCGGUGCAGGUUUUUCUCAAACAGCCGCUCAGACACACCCAGUAAGAGCUGCGGCUGUUCGAGGUGUGACUCUGCCAGUGAGGGUGUGACUCUGUACCGUUCUCCAAAUCAGUCUCAGACUGGUUUUCAGAGGACUCUUUGCCAUCCUGUGCGUGUGACAGAAAGACAUAGCCACCAACAUGCCUGAGACAGCAGAGGCACACCUGCAGCACCUCACCACCAACCGGUUUUGUGUCAUAGAGAUGAAAAACUGCAGCUCAGUCUACUGUUGCUUCAAUCCACAGGUGUACACCAAGAGCGGGUUUUGCUUCAGCCCCCCAAUGCCAACCUUGAGCCCUCAAAAGCAAGAGGUGUUCUCCUUCACCAAGGAUGACAACACGGCAUCAGGUUCUGUGGGGGUCAUGACCUACGAGCUGUUUAAUACCCAAACUCGCAAGUCCGAUGGCAAAAUGGCCAUCAUGUUCUCCGUGCCGUUCGACUACAACUUUUACGAGAACUGGCUGGGGGUUGGCAUCUUCGGUGUAUCUCAAACCUGCGAUGAAAAGCUGUUUGAUGAAAUGUACAACGGAAAGGAUUUCACUUACUUUCAGCGUUACAAGGCUGACGGGUCGGGGCUGGUGUACAGGGGGGAGGUGCUGGAUGUGAGGGCAUGCAUGAGCGAUGAUGGCAAGGCAAUUGUAAAACUGGAGUUGUAUGACAAGAUGGGCCGAUGAGUCUGUUUGAAAUGCUAUGAGAAUAAAAUGGUAGCACCAAAUGAGUGCAUUGAUGUGGCAGAAAAUGUCAAAGCUUUUCAAUCAUGUCAUGUAAAAACUUGGAAAGAAUAAAAACAUCUUCUUUAAUUAA